AUGUCAUUAUUAGUAGAAGAAAAGAAUAAACUAAAUGAAACUCAAGGCGAUGUAGCAAUGCAUACUAUCGAUGAUAAAAACGAAAACGAUAAUACAACAUUAGAGACAACAACAGCAACAACAACAACAGAUAUAAUAGAAACAACAGAGGUAACAGAAACUACACCCUCAAAAGAAAUAAUAAAACAAGGUUUAUCACCUUUACCACCUUUUCUGCCAAUUGGUUCAACUUGGGAAAUGGUUGGCGAUAUGCUUCAAAAUCAAAUAAAAUCAUUAUCAACAUCAUCUUCACCAUUAACAACAACUACAACAAUUACAACAACAUCAACUACUGAUAAAAAUAAUAAUAUUGAUAAUAAUAUUAAUAAUAAUAAUAAUAUUGAUAAUAAUAACAAUAAUAUUGAUAAUAAUAAUAUUGAUAAUAAUAAUAAUAAUAAUAAUAAUAAUAAUAAUAAUAAUAAUAAUAAUAAUAAUAAUAAUAAUAAUAAUAAUAAUAAUAAUAAUAAUAGUAAUAUUAUUAUUAAUAUUGAUAAUAAUAAUAAUAAUAAUAAUAAUAAUAUUAAUAUUAACAAUAAUAGUGAACCUAUGAUAAUCAUGGAUUCAAAUAGUAAUAAUAGCAAUAAUAGUAGUAAUAAUAGUACAUCACCAUCGGAAGCAAAUGAUGAUAUAAAAAAUAAUAAUAAUAGUAUUAAUAAUAAUAAUGAUGGUAGCAAUAGUAACAAUAAUAGCAAUAUCAAUAAUAAUGAAAAAGCUUUUACUUUAUUAAGUGAAACUUAUAUGGAUGUCUUUGGAAUAUUACCAUCUAAAGACCCAUUAGUUUUAGUGGUUUGUCAUAAAUGUUCAAAGCCUGUUAAAAAAUCAAGAUUCAUUAAUCAUUUUGAAAAUUGUUUAGGAACAGGUGGUAAUAAUAAUUAUUGUAAUAGUAAUAGUGGAGUUUUAGACAAUACUAGUAGUGGUAAUAGUACUACGGCAGCGGUAAAUGGCGAUACAACAACAUCAUCAGUAGUAAAUGAUUCAAAUAUAAAUUCAUCAACAACCUUAACAGCACCAAUUACACCAAAUCCAGUGACUAAUGCAAAAGGAAAUAAAUCAAAUCCUUCUCCUGACCCAAAGAAAAAAGUAAAUGCAGGUAUAGGAAGAGGUAGACCAAAGAAAAAGGUUGAUCCUCCUAAAAUACCAGAAGUAAUCACAACUCCAAUUGUUGAUUCAACCACCACUUCUACUUCUACUUCUACUUCUACUACUACUACUACUACUACUUCUACCCCUACAAAUACAACCAUUGAAAAUCUAUCACAAUCUUCUUCUCAAUCAUCCUCACAAUCAUCUAAUAAUCUAGAUACACUUAUAGCAACAAACAAUCCCACCAACACCACUACCACCACAAUAAAUAGUACAGAUGUAUUAAUACCGACAAAUGCAACAACCACAUCAACAACAACAGCAGCAGCACCAAUAACACCAACAACAACAACAGUAACAACACAACCAACAGAACAACAAGUUGUAAAAAAAAUGGGGGCAAUGCAACCAUUAACAGCAAGAAAAAGGAACUAUGAUUCUUUGAAAUCAUCUUCGUCCUCUACACCAAUUGUUCCAAGUACAAACAAACCUUCACUUGAAACUUGUCCUGAAGGUGAUACACCAUCAAAAAAUACUUUAGAUACUAAUAAUGAUAGUACAACAACAACAACAACAACAUCAGCAACAGCAACAACAUCAGCAAUCGCUUCUCCAGGAGCAACAGCAGCAACAGAUACUAAUACUACACCAUCAUCAUCAACCACAAAUGAACCAAGCAGUAAUGUUAAUAAUUCUGAAGAUUCUACUAAAAUUGAUAAAAUGGAAAUAGAUGGCGAUAAUAAUACUUCCGAUAAUAAUAAUAGCAAUAAUGGCAAUAGUAAUAAUAAUAAUAAUAAUAAUAAUAAUAAUAAUAAUAAUAAUAAUAAUAAUAGUAGCAAUGAUAAUAAUAAUAGCAAUAAUAAUAAUGAUAAUAAUAAUGAUAAUGAUAAAAAUAUCAACAACAACAAUAAUAACAAUAAUAAUAAUAAUAAUAAUAAUAAUAAUAAUGAUAGUAAUAACAACAAUAAAGAAGAAACUAAAUUAGAUACAAAAUUAAUUAAUUCAAUAGGUUGUAAUGGUAUAGUUACAAUGGUAGUACCAUUAGCAUAUAGAACUCUUAAUUGUAGUAUCAUUAAUGAGAAUAAAAGAUUUAAGAAUUUAUUUUCACCUGAAAAAGUUAAAGUUUCAUUAACAUCUGAAGAUGAUACUGACGAUUCAGAUGAUAAUGAUGGUGAUGAUGAUACAACAAUGAUGAUGACGAAUAUAAAUAAUGAAAAGAAAUCUUCAAAUAAAAAUAAAAAUACCAUUAUUACACCAUUAGGUAUAUCACCAUUACUAAUUAAUGAUAUACUUUUAAAUGCAUCAAUGAGAGCAAAAAAUUAUCAACAACAAUUAUUAAUGCAACAGCAAUUACAACAACAAUUAAAACAACAACAAAUACAGAUUCAACAACAACAAUUGAUACUACAACAACAAGCUCAACAACAAGCUCAACAAGCUCAACAACAAGCUCAACAACAAGCUCAACUACAAAUGCAACAACAGCAAAUACAACAACAACUGCAACAACAGCAACAACAACAACAACAACAACAACAAUGGACUUCUCAACAAACACAUACAAAUACAACACCAAAUAUGGUUUCAAAGAUUUCAACAACGCCACAAACUAGCAAUAAUAGUAAUAAACCUACAUAUGCACCACCACCUCAAUUCCAGACUAAUAAUAAUAAUAAUAAUAAUAAUAAUAAUAAUAAUAAUAAUAAUAAUAAUAAUAAUAAUAAUAAUAAUAAUAAUAAUAACAGUAACACCAAUAUUAAUAAUAACAAUAAUAAUACAUCAAUGAAUCCACCAACACCUAAUUCUUCAACAUCAAUGAAUCCACCAACACCAAACACUUCAAUGAAUCCACCAACUCCAAACACUGUAAAUACAUCAAUGAAUCCACCAACUCCAACACCUGCAACACCUUCAACACCUUCAACAAUGAUGAAUCCUCCUACACCUGUUACAAAUAGUAUUUCAACAUCAUCUUCAUCAGUACCAACCACAACCACAACUACAACAACAACAACAACGGAAAAAGAGAGUAAAAAAGAAUCUAAACCAAAGAAAUUAACUAAAAAAGAAAAAGAAAAACUAGAGAAAGAAAAGGAAAAAGAAAAAGAAAAAGAAAAGAAAAAGAAAUCUAAAAAAGAUAAAGAUAAAGAAAAAGAUAAAGAAAAAGAAAAAGAUUCUGAGAAAAAAUCCAAUUCCAAAAAGAAAAAGGAAGAUAAAAAACUUAGCAAUAGUUCAGGCGCUGUUACAGCAUCGAUUAUUAGCGAAUCACCAACUGCAGCAUCAUUAACAACUUCAACAACAGCAACAGCAACAAUGACAACAACAACACAACCACCUGUAUUAGUGCCAAAUCAACCUCCAACACCUAACCAAUUGGUAAAUUCAAUGUCACCAUCACCUUCACCAACAAUACAACAACAAAAUAUUCUACCAACACAACAAAUUCAACCACAAAUUCAACCCCAACAACAAAUACAAUCACCCCAACAACAAUUCCAACAACCACAACCACAUCAACAACAAUUCCAACAACCACAACCACAACCACAACAACAACAAAAUAUAUCACAUUUACAACCUCCACAAAUUUUACAACAACAACAACAACAAAUACAACAACAAUUACAGCAACAACAAUUACAACAACAACAGCUUCAACAACAAUUACAACAAUUACCUCCACAAAUACUGCAACAAUUACAACAACAACAAUUACAACAACAACAACAACAAUUACAACAACAACAACAACAACAACUUCAAACACCACAAAUUUUACUUCAAAAUCAAAAUCAAAAUAUAAAUAUGAAUUUAAUUAAUCCACAAUUAUUCCAAGCAAAUCAAAUGAUGUCAUCACCAAAUAUUGUUUAUGCAAAUUCUCCAUUACCUCAAAACCAAAAUCAAAACCAACAAAAUCAAAAUCAAAAUCAAAACCAACAACAAAUAUUAACUCAACAACAAUUACAACAACAACAAUUAUUAAAACAACAACAGUUACAACAACUUUACUAUAGGCAAUUAGCACAACAACAACAACAACAGCAACAGCAACAACAACAAAAUAAUACUCAAUUAAAUAAUAGUGGAGGAUUUCAACAACAACAAUUUGCAAAUAAUAACCUAAAUAUACCCCAACAACAAGUACCAUCACCUCAAAUUGGGCAACAACAACAACAACAACAAUUACCUCUUGGAAUUCAACCUCCACCCCAAAUAAUACAAAAUAUGCAACAACAACAACAACUUCAACAACAACAAUUACUACAACAACAAUUACUACAACAACAAUUAUUGCAACAACAGCAACUACAACAAUUACAACAACAACAAAACAAUAAUAAACAAUAUAUUCCACAAUAA